GUAGUCGCCCGUCUUUACUUUAUUUUGAAAGGUUCACCGGAAAGGCAGUUCACCGACUCACACUUGGCCCGUAAACGGCGUCUGCUCCUGAAGUAGUAACUGAGGCGUGCGAACCGAGAGAAAGUCGGAGAGCUGCAUUUUACUCGGGUAUGCAUUUCCAGGACUGGCUCACAUCGCUACGCUCCAGCGUUGGACUGAAGGCCUCUGAAUUGGAGGACUUGUUGCGACGCCUGCCUCUGCCCUCUCUCUCCCUGUCCUCCCCCUCUCUGCUGGGCCUUGGAGCCCUGGCCUCCCUCACCGCGUACUGGCUGGUGACGCGGCCCCGACCCAUGCGUCCUCCCUGUGACCUGCAGGCCCAGUCCGUAGCCGUCAACGGAGAUCCCAGCUGCAGGCGCUCGGCUCUCCUCAGCGAUGACUCGCUCCUGGACUUUUACUACGAGAACACCAGGACGGCUUACGACAUGUUCCAAAGAGGCCUGCAGAUCUCAGGAAAUGGCCCGUGCCUUGGCUAUAGGAAACUGGGCCAGCCGUACCAGUGGAUCUCCUACACUGAGGUAGCGGAGCGGGCACAGGUCCUCGGCUCUGGGCUGUUGGCUAAAGGCUGUCAGCCGAACCCGCAGCAAUUUGUUGGGAUCUUUGCACAGAACAGACCGGAGUGGAUCAUCUCGGAGCUGGCCUGCUACACGUACUCCAUGGCGGUGGUGCCGCUCUAUGACACUCUGGGAAUGGAGGCCAUGGUCCACAUACUCAACCUGGCGGAGAUCUCGCUGGUGAUCUGUGACAGAGAGGAGAAGGCCGCCUGCUUGUUGGAGAACAAGGAGAACGGCAAGACCCCGAAGCUCUUCUGCCUGGUCCUCUUCAACGAUUUCAGCGCUGCUUUCUAUGAGAGGGCGAAGGCCUGCGAGGUGGAGCUUUUGAAACUGGAGCAGCUCAUGGACCUGGGGAGACGGAACCUCAAAGACCCUGUGCCGCCCCAGCCCCAGGAUCUGGCCGUGGUUUGCUUCACCAGUGGAACCACAGGGAAGCCCAAGGGAGCCAUGAUCACCCACGGCAACAUCGCCUCCAACACUUCCUCUGUCAUUAAGAUGCUGGAGGGUUCGAUUGUGAUCCAGCGGGAGGACGUGUCGAUCUCCUACCUGCCGCUCGCCCACAUGUUUGAGAGGAUGAUUCAGGUCACCAUGUUCUGCCACGGGGCCAGAGUAGGGUUCUACCAAGGAGACAUCUCCCUCCUCAUGGACGACAUUAAAACGCUGAAGCCGACCUUCUUCCCCGUUGUGCCUCGUCUGCUCAAUCGCAUCUACGACAAGAUCCUCGGGUCCGUGACCUCUCCGUUAAAACGGGCUUUGCUCCACUACGCUGUGAGGAGAAAGCAGGCGGAGCUCCGGAGCGGGAUCGUCCGCAACAACAGUCUGUGGGACAAACUGGUCUUCAACAGGAUCCAGACCAGCCUGGGAGGCAACGUGCGCUUCGCCCUGACGGCCUCGGCGCCCAUCUCCCCCACGGUGCUGUCCUUCCUCAGAGCCACUCUAGGCUGCCUCAUCUUCGAGGGCUACGGUCAGACAGAGUGCACCGCAGGCUGCACGUUCUCCAUGCCGGGAGACUGGAGCACAGGUCACGUUGGGUCCCCUUUGCCGUGUGCCAUGGUGAAGCUGGUUGACAUCCCCGAGAUGAACUACUACGCCAAGAAUGGCGAGGGGGAGAUCUGCAUCCGGGGCCCCAGCGUGUUCAAAGGCUACCUGAAGGACCCAGAAAAGACGGCGGAAGCCUUGGAGAGCGACGGCUGGCUGCACAGUGGGGACGUGGGCCAGUGGCUUCCUAAUGGGACACUGCGCAUCAUUGACAGGAAAAAGCACAUCUUUAAAUUGUCCCAGGGGGAGUACAUAGCUCCAGAGAAGAUCGAGAACGUUUACAUGCGAUGCGUCCCCGUGCUCCAGGUGUUUGUGCACGGAGAUAGUUUACAGUCUUAUCUCAUAGGCAUAGUCGUGCCUGACCCUGAGGUGUUUGUGAACUGGGCUAAAGAGCGGGGCUUCGUCGGGUCCCACGAGGAGCUGUGCCACAAUCCAGAUGUCAAGAAUGCAGUUUUAGAGGACAUGAAAACUGUGGGGAAGAAAGCAGGCUUGAUGUCAUUUGAGCAGGUGAAAGACAUUUGCUUACAUCCGGAGGUCUUCAGCGUUGCCAACGGCCUUCUCACGCCCACUCUGAAAAGCAGACGCACCGACAUCCGCAGAGCCUUUCAGGAGCAGAUAACAAGCAUGUACAGCAAGACGGCGGCGUAAGGGACUCGCACUCAGCACCAAAGGGUCACUGGUGUCCAAUAAGGGAACGGAAAUGGACAGGAAAAAUGUAACUCUUCUGCAGCGUAAAAAUGGAUAAAUACUAGUGAAGAGGGAUGUUUGCACAUGUAAUGCUAUUUCAGUGCCACAAUUCACUGAGUUUAGUUUCAGAGGACUGAAUCACGAGCUGUAAGAAUCCCCCUAGAACAAACUGUACUAUGUUUACGUUGCCCGGUUCCGUGCUUUGUGUAAGUAUUUUUAAUGGGAGGCUGUUGUGAGUAGUUGGAAUGUUGUUGCUCAUAGCAUGCAUAACUUGCAUUAACUCUAGGUUUAUAUUUUACAGUUGCUGGGUUCCAUGUAUCACAGUGUUGUAAGCGUUUCAGAAUGAGGCCUGGUCAUGAAAUUGUAAACCUAAAAAUUGUUACCCCAACAAGGUUUUCAACCAGCAAUGUUUUGUAAAACUAAUGUAAGUUCUAGUUGAAUUAAGACAGAAGGAGUAAAAAUAAAAGGUUAGUAACUGGUCA